UUGUACAAGUUGAGAAUAAAAAGAAAAUGGCUGCUGUAAUUAAGAAUGUAUUGAUAGUAUAUGCUCAUCAAGACCCAUUGUCUUUUAAUGCUGCUCUCAAGAAUGCUGCAGUCCAGACUUUAGAAAGUCAAGGUUAUAAGGUCAAGGUCAUUGACCUGUAUGCUCAGCAUUUUGAACCAAGAGCUACCAGAUCUGAUAUAAUAGGUGAAUCAUCUGAUGCCAAAAAGUUUAGUUAUAUACGAGAGGUUGGAACGGCUUUCAAGGAAGACCGUCUGAGUCAUGACAUCAAGACUGAGAUGGAAAAAGUAAAGGAAGCCGACCUGGUUAUUUUCCAGUUUCCACUCUAUUGGUUUAGCAUGCCAGCUAUACUGAAAGGAUGGGUAGACAGGGUGUUUGCUAAUGGAUUUGCUUUUAAUUAUGCCAAAGCACAAAUAUAUGAUAGCGGUCUAAUGUCAGGAAAGAAAGCAAUGUUAUCAUUGACAACAGGCGGACCCGAUACACUAUAUACUAAUAAAGGAUUAAAUGGUGAUAUAAAUAUUAUAUUAUGGCCAAUGGAGUAUGGUAUUUUACGAUUUGUUGGAUUUGAUGUUCUGAAAGCUCAGGUGUCUUACGCUCCAACAAUGGCGGCCGAUACCAAACGGAAGUCCAUGCUUGAUAACUGGACAACAAGAUUAAAGGACAUAGCUAAAGAAAAGCCAUUAGAGUUUAUUCCGAUUGAAAAUUUUGAUUAUAACAAAGGUUGCCAGUUGUCUGAAGAAUAUGUCAAUCGCCAUAAAGAAGAUAAAACAUCACCCACCAUUGGUCAGAAUAUGGGGAAACUACUACCCCAAAAGGGUAUAUAAUCUGCGGACCCUUAAUAACGAUUCGGGAAAGACCUUUAUAUAUUAGUAUGCACGAACAAUUUGCAAUUCGUGAUGAUAGUAAUAAUUCUUAAACUGUUGAAGGUGGAGAGGUAAUCUUAUUUUUUUGGUAUAAUCCAAAUUAUAUUCCAAUCCAAGAACUGAAAAAUAUUAUCACGUGGAAUAAAGUUGGCAGAAAAACAAAGAUUAUGAAAACUACCCCAUCUGAACUCAGAGGACAAGAUACAAACAUUGUCAGUGCUUACAAAAUCGUAUGGCGAAUAUAUCAGUAUUUUUGGGCAUCCUUUCAAGAUCUAAUAGAGAAUAUAAAAUGAACAAUCCAUUAUUAUUUUGCAGGUUCAUUGAGAGUGCCACCCUUCUCCGGUGCAAAAAAGUCGUCUGGCAUCCCGCCCCUUUGUCUUUUGGUAUUUUCUUUGCUUUGUUUUGUUGUUUGCUUUGGGUUUUUUUACGGGAUGGGGUAUAAUGUAAUUUUUGGAAUCAAUUGAUUGUUCUUCGAAAAACAAGCAUUUUACGGUACUUAAUAUAUUCUGUAUAUGAUGUAUAUUUUGAAAUAAAUAUCUAAUCUCUUCUG